CCAGCGUCCUGCAGGAGCAGAGUAACCCUUGGAAAAAACUCAGAGUUUAUUUUCGUUUCCUUCUUUGACUCUUGGAUGUUUGUAAAAUGUCCGGGUUUCAGGAUCUUUCAGUUUUUUCUGAGGAGGUCCAGCAGCAUCCAGUGGCUAAAGAAGAGGUUUCUCCUAAUCAGCAGGAGAGGAGCUCCAGUCUGAUCCAGUUCAUUACUGAGCCUCUGCACAUCAAAGAGGAACCAGAGGAACUGUUGAGCAGCCAGGAGAGAGCACUGCUUCAAGAAUCAGAGAUCGGUGAUAUCAUCAAGUUCAAGUUUGUUCCUGUGAAGAGAGAAGAAGAUGAUGAAGAGAAACCUCAGUCAUCUCAAUUUUGUCUCAGACAAACUUGUGAGAUGGAAACUGGGGCAGAUAAAGAGGACUGUGGGGGAGCAGGAGCAGCCAGGGACUUUGAUCUAAAGAGAGAUUUAAAACCAGAGGCUGGGAUCAAAUCUGAAGACUCUUCUGAAGCUGAGACUGAUGACAGUGCUGACUGGAUGGAGACAACAGAGCACCAGUCAGGUUCAAACUCAGCUGACAACAUCAAAAAUAAGAGAAGGAAGACUGAUGUUAAGUCACAUAUCUGCUCUGAAUGUGGAAAAAGAUUUAACUACAGAUGUCAUCUGACACAACACAUGAGAAGUCACUCAGGAGAGAAACCCUUCAGUUGUUCUGAGUGUGAAAAAAAAUUUAGUCAUCAAGGUCAUCUAACUCAACAUAUGUUAGUUCACACAAUGCAGAAACUCUUCAGCUGCACUGAGUGUGCUAAAAGAUUUAAUAGAAAAGAUCAUCUCACAAAACAUCUAAGAAUUCACACUGGAGAGAGACCAUUCAGCUGCUCUGAAUGUGAUAAAAAAUUUACUCAACAAGGUCAUCUAACUCAGCAUAUGUUAGUUCACGCUAUACAGAAAGUUUUCAAUUGCACCGAGUGUGGUAAAACAUUUAGUCAAAAAGCAAACCUUACCAGACAUAUGAAAGUGCACGAGGGAGAGAAAGCAUUCAGCUGCUCUGAGUGUGGUAAAAGAUUCACCUAUAAAGGAGACAUGACCAAACACAAGCAAAUCCACUCAAUAGAGAGCCCUUUCAGCUGUCCUGAGUGUGGUAAAAGAUUUAAUUUCAAGUCUUGUCUGACAGCUCAUAUGGCUGAUCACACAGGAGAGAAACCAUUCAGUUGCUCUGAGUGUGGUAAACAGUUCAACCAACAAGGUAAUCUAACACAACACAAGAGAAUUCACACAGGAGAGAAACCAUUUGUCUGCUCUGUUUGUGAUAAAAAAUUUAACCAAAGAAGUCAUUUGACAAGGCAUAUGAGAAACCACACAGGAGAUAAACCGUUCAGCUGUUCCAUGUGUAAUAAAAAAUUCAACUUCAAGUCUUGCCUGACAUCUCACAUGGCCCAUCACACAGGACUGAAACCCUUCAGCUGCUCAGAAUGUGAUAAACGAUUUAACUACAAGUCAUGUCUGAAAUCUCAUAUGGCCUGUCACACAGGAGAGAAUCUCUUUGGCUGCUCUGAGUGUGGUAAACGAUUUAGCCAAAAAGGGAGUCUGACAGUACACAUGAGAAUUCACACAGGAGAGAAACCAUUUGAAUGCUCUGUGUGUGGCAAAAGAUUCUACACAAAUGGUCAUAUGAAACAGCAUAUGAGAAAUCACACAGGAGACAAACCAUUUAUCUGCACUGAGUGUGGUAAAAGAUUUACUUUCAAGUCUUGUCUGACAGGUCAUAUGGCCCAGCACACAGGAGAGAAAAUUUUCAGCUGCUCAUACUGUGUUAAGAAGUUUAACACAAAAUCGUAUCUUUCACUUCAUUUGGCACAUCACAGAGGUGAGAAACCCUUCAUCUGCAGCGUUUGUAACCAAAGGUUUGCUUGGCUGUAUCAGUUAAGAAUUCACAAGUGUGCUAGCAGUGGGGCUUCAGAGCCUCUUCAAAACCAAACUGAGGAGGAAAGAGAGGAAGAAACAGGAGAUGAUGGAGAGGACUGUCAAGGAGAACCAGAACCAGCCAGGAAAUCAGAUCCAAAGAGGCAUUUACUUGCUAAAUGUUCUGAACUUGAGAUCAAAGAGGUUAUUGGAGAAUGAACAGAGAUAAGAGAACAUUAGUGAUGUUUAAACUUUGAGAAAUUCUGAAUUUCCCUUGGUGAUAUGGGAUCUAAUUUCAUUGUGGUAGAAUAUUUAGAUGGAAAACUGUUUAAGAUGCACUAAAACUAAGACAACAACUAUAUCGUAAUUUUUAUUUUUCUCAGUUUAAGAGUAAUUUCUAAUAUACUUGUUUUUACACAAACAAUUCAUGUAUUUAAUAUGUUUUCAUAUGUUUUCCAAAAAUAAAAAUACUCUUUAAUGUUCAAACCAGUGUCCAGCCCUCACAUCAUGAGAUGGUCAUCCCAUGCCACCUUCUGGUGUGUGAUAUCAUAUUGAAGAUUCAAGAGGAAUCUUCGCCUCUGAUGGAUCCCUGUUUAUUCUUUUCUGUUUUAUUAUCAUAUUUCAAGAAAGAGACAUUUCUGUUCAGUUUCUCAAACCUUGGAAUGUAUUCUUGACCUAUUUUUCUCAGCACAGGGGAGGAAGCCUCACAUAGCUCAGAGACAUUGUAAAUACCUGAGCCCAAAAGCCUUCCUCUCA